CUUCCGCUCGCCUCCUCCUUGCGCUGUCACUACAUAAAGGACCGCCUGCCUGUCAGCAAUUCACGCUUCUUCUUCUCUCUUUUUCCAUCCGCACACACGUCUCUGCUACUGCUCCCUAAGGAAUAUCCGCUACCAGCGAAUCUUCUUCUACUCUACCCAACUUCACCCAUUCUACAGCGAUAACCGCUUAAUCCGCGACCAUGCAAAUCUUCGUCAAGACCCUCACCGGCAAGACCAUCACCCUCGAGGUGGAGUCUUCCGACACUAUCGACAAUGUGAAGUCCAAGAUCCAGGACAAGGAGGGCAUUCCUCCUGACCAGCAGCGUCUGAUCUUCGCUGGCAAGCAACUCGAGGAUGGCCGAACUCUGUCCGACUACAACAUCCAGAAGGAGUCCACCCUCCACCUGGUCCUCCGCCUCCGUGGUGGUAUGCAGAUUUUCGUCAAGACUCUCACCGGCAAGACCAUCACCCUCGAGGUGGAGUCAUCCGAUACCAUUGACAACGUCAAGUCCAAGAUCCAGGACAAGGAGGGUAUCCCUCCCGACCAGCAGCGUCUCAUCUUUGCUGGUAAGCAGCUUGAGGACGGUCGCACCCUGAGCGAUUACAACAUCCAGAAGGAGUCUACCCUCCACCUUGUCCUUCGUCUUCGUGGUGGUAUGCAGAUCUUUGUCAAGACUUUGACCGGCAAGACAAUCACACUGGAAGUGGAGUCAUCUGAUACCAUCGACAACGUCAAGUCAAAGAUUCAGGACAAGGAGGGUAUCCCCCCUGACCAGCAGCGCCUCAUCUUCGCUGGUAAGCAGCUGGAAGACGGUCGCACCCUGAGCGACUACAACAUCCAGAAGGAGAGCACCCUGCACUUGGUCCUCCGCCUGCGUGGUGGCCAGUAAGGUGUCUGCGAUGGAUUACAGUAAUGAUUAUUUGGGCGUUUUAUGGAACUUCACGACAAAUAUGGGAACCUGACCACUUGGAUGGUCGUCAGUACUUUAUGCUAGCACAUUUCUGCGUUGCCGAUUUUUAGGCGCGCGUCAAUACAAGCACAUUCCGUUCAGAAGAACGGGUUUAACUUGCAAAC